AUGGAAAGCCAUGACACAGGUUUACUCAUAACUUUAGUUAUCAACAGUAUAAUCUGCCCCUUCACAUUUGUGCUCAACGUGCUUGUGAUCAUUGCUGUGAAGAAGACACCAAGACUUCAGACCAAAGCAAACGUGUUGCUGGCGUGUUUAGCGGUUACUGACGUAUUCACUGGUUUCAUUGCACAACCCUCCUUCAUUCUAUGGAAAGCGCUUCAGUUUGCUGGUUUGUCAGAAAAAGACCAUAUUGGAAUUUUUCACAGAUCUUUACUUCGUGGUUUAUCCAUUUGUUCGGCGCUUCAUUUGAUGUUAGUGACCUGCGAGAGGUUGAUAGCCCAUCAGAUUUACCUACCAACACCCUUAUCUUGUCACGGUGCGAAAUGUUAAGGUGGCAGUUAUCGUAUUUUGGAUCAUUUCAAUUUUUUAUGUUAUAUUAGGACUUAUCGAUGUAGAAACGGAGGCAGUUACUCUAACUUUUGAAUUUUUAGCAUUUCUAAUUGUCAUUUCGUGA